AUGCCCCUUAAGCAAGUAACUCAAUUUAAUAGAAUCGUCAAGCGCGGCCGAGGCCGUCCAAGAAAUCCCUUGUCCGCUUCAGCUAUCGCUGCUGCUGCAGCUGCGGCGGCGGCGGCGGCUAUACCUCGCACUCCUACCCCCGAGCCUCGCACUCCCACCCCCGAGGCUUCGCCCCCUCUUCCAGACCCUCUUACCAGGCGCUUGCUUAUGCCAACGACCGUCAAGGCCUUGAGGUGCAUUAAGUGCAUUAAUAGUGGGAUCACAUCGGGGUCUAAUAGAGACUGUUAUAAUUGUGAUACGAGCGUCAUACGCUGUCUUCGGUGUGCUAAAGGUAGCCAUAGCAAUUGCACCGCUGCUUUUGCCGCUGCUAACACCGCUUUCGAUAACUUCCUCGCCUUAGAUGCUGCCCUUUCAAGAGGUGCUGCUAGUGAUCUGGGCGGUCUAGCGAGUAGAAGUGGAGGUUUUGAAAGUAGUCUCGGUGGCCUUGCAGGUUUUGCUUUUGCUUUUAAGACUUUUAAUUUAAAUGUGGCCCUUAACUUCCUCUCGGACUUUAUGCAAAGGCUCCAAUCUGCUGCUGUAGCAGCUCUUGCGCUUGCCGCCCUUGUUGCUCCCGUCGCUCCCGCUGCUCCCGUCGCUUCCGUCGCACUUAUUAUCGUCGCCCCUUUUGCGCUAGUCGUUGCGCUUGCCGCUUCCGCGGCGGCGCCCGCCGUUGCUAUGACUCUUGCGGAGCGCCGGGCUAAAGUGAAAAGAUUGCUAAAAGCUCUGAUAGAUCUUUUAUUAUGA